ACCUGAAAGUCUGAAACAAUACCCAAAACAAAAAUUUCCCCAACCCAAAAGUUAAAGUUUCUUCUACUUAAACCAAUUCUUGACCGUAUUCAUUUCUACAAUGUUUAAACCACUUUAUAUUCUUUCACUUAACCAAACUUAGAUAUGGUAUUGCUUUGAAUGUAACUAGUAAAUGGGAAAUCAAUUAAUUGUAGAUUGUGAGUAACUUCAAUGCAAAAUUGUAGCUUGUACGGAUCAAAUUCUAAAGAUCUUCUGCAAUGGAUUUAAGGUAAAAUAUUUCUCAGAAAAAAAGGUUAGUUUUGCUUUUAUUUUCAGCAAAAGCAAGAGACAGAUAGCACGGAAGCGGCUACUAUUCUCUGAGCAGCUUUCAGAAAUGGAGAUUGGCUUAGCAGUUGGAGGUGCAUUUCUAUCUUCAGCUUUGAAUGUUCUCUUUGAUAGGCUUGCUCCUCAGGGCGAGCUGCUGAAGAUGUUUCAGAGGGACAAACAUGAUGUUCGAUUAUUAAAGAAGCUGAGAAUUACCUUGCUUGGCCUUCAGGCUGUUCUAUGUGAUGCAGAGAAUAAGAAGGCAUCAAAUCAAUACGUGAGCCAGUGGCUUAUUGAGCUUCAAGAUGCUGUGGACAGUGCUGAAAACUUAAUGGAAGAAAUCAAUUAUGAAGUUCUGAGAGUUAAGGUGGAAGGUCAGUAUCAAAAUCUUGGAGAAACAAGCAACCAGCAAGUAAGUGACCUCAACUUGUGCUUGAGUGAUGAAUUUUUCCUUAACAUAAAGGAGAAGUUGGAGGACGCCAUUGAAACAUUGGAGGAGUUGGAAAAGCAAAUCGGUCGCCUUGAUCUAACAAAGUAUCUUGAUUCAGAUAAACAAGAAACUAGAAGACUUUCAACUUCUGUGGUUGAUGACUCUAAUAUCUUUGGCAGGCAGAAUGAAAUAGAGGAAUUGGUGGGCCGUUUACUAUCUGUUGCUGUAAAUGGCAAAAAUUUGACAGUAAUUCCUAUUGUUGGAAUGGCUGGGAUUGGCAAGACAACACUUGCUAAAGCCGUUUACAACGAUGAGAAGGUGAAAUACCAUUUUGAUUUGAAAGCUUGGUUUUGUGUGUCUGAACCAUAUGAUGCUUUCAGAAUAACAAAAGGGUUACUUCAAGAAAUAGGUUCAUUUGACUUAAAGAUGGAUAACAAUCUUAAUCAGCUACAAGUCAAAUUGAAGGAAAGCUUAAAGGGCAAAAAAUUUCUUAUUGUUCUGGAUGAUGUUUGGAAUGACAACUAUAAUGCAUGGGAGGACUUGAAAAAUCUUUUUGUUCAAGGAAAUGCAGGAAGUACGAUCAUUGUGACGACACGUAAGAAAAGUGUUGCCAAGACGAUGGGUAAUGAGCAAAUUAGCAUGGAUACUUUGUCUAGUGAUGUCUCUUGGUCUUUAUUCAAAAGACAUGCAUUUGACAACAUGGAUCCUAAGGAACAUCUAGAACAUGUAGAAGUUGGGAAAGAAAUCGUAGCUAAGUGCAAAGGAUUGCCUUUAGCUCUGAAGACGCUUGCUGGCAUUUUACGUUCCAAAUCAGAGAUUGAAGGGUGGAAACGUAUUUUGAGAAGUGAAGUAUGGGAGCUGCCAGACAAUGGCAUAUUACCAGUAUUGAUGUUGAGCUACAAUGAUCUUCCUGCACAUUUAAAGCAAUGUUUUUCCUACUGUGCAAUAUUUCCGAAAGAUUAUCCAUUUCGGAAAAAACAAGUCAUUCAGUUGUGGAUUGCCAAUGGUCUAGUACAGGGGUUGCAAAAAUAUGAAACAAUUGAAGAUUUAGGCAACCUAUUCUUUCUCGAGUUGCAAUCAAGGUCACUUUUCGAAAGGGUCCCAGAGUCUUCUAAAAAUAAUGCAGAGAAAUUCUUAAUGCAUGACCUUGUCAAUGAUUUGGCCCAAGUUGCAUCUUCAAAACUUUGUGUUAGGUUGGAAGAGUACCAAGAGUCUCAUAUGUUGAAACGAAGUCGACACAUGUCCUAUUCAAUGGGCUAUGGUGACUUUGAAAAGUUGCAACCUCUCUACAAAUUGGAGCAGCUCAGGACAUUGCUUCCAAUCUACAAUAUCGAGCUAUAUGGUUCUUCUCUAAGCAAGAGGGUGUUGCUUAACAUAUUGCCAAGAUUAACAUCCUUAAGGGCACUAUCAUUGUCUCGUUAUAAUAUCAAGGAGUUACCAGAUGUCUUGUUUAUCAAAUUAAAACUCCUAAGAUUGGUGGACCUUUCUUUGACACAGAUAAUACAGUUACCGGAUUCAAUUUGUGUGCUCUAUAACUUGGAGAUACUUCUCUUGUCAUCUUGUGAAUUUCUUAAGGAGUUACCGCGGCAGAUGGAGAAGUUGAUAAACUUGCGUCACCUUGACAUUAGCGGCAGUUCUCGCUUGAUGAUGCCGCUACAUUUGACCAAGUUGAAAAGCCUUCAUGUGUUAUUGGGAGCUAAAUUUCUUGUAGGUGAUCGAAGUGGUUCAAGAAUGGAAGAUUUGGGUGAACUAUGCAACUUGUAUGGAACUCUAUCAAUUCAACAGUUGGAAAAUGUGGCGGAUAGAAGGGAAGCUUUGAAAGCAAACAUGAGCGGUAAGGAACAUAUUGAGAAGUUAUUAUUGGAGUGGAGUGUAAGUAUUGCGGACAGUUCACAAAAUGAAAGAGACAUACUUGGUGAGGUACAUCCAAAUCCAAACAUAAAAGAACUUGAGAUCAACGGAUAUAGAGGGACAAACUUUCCAAAUUGGCUAGCUGAUUAUUCAUUUUCUGAGCUGGUGGAAUUGUCUCUAAGUAAUUGCAAGGACUGUUAUUCCUUGCCAGCAUUAGGCCAGCUUCCUUCUUUGAAAUUCCUUGCAAUUCGAGGGAUGCAUCGAAUAAUAGAGGUGACUGAAGAAUUUUAUGGUGGUUCGUCCUCCAAAAAGCCUUUUAACUCUCUUGAAAAGCUUGAUUUUGCAGAGAUGUUGGCGUGGGAGCAGUGGCAUGUACUAGGAAAUGGGGAGUUCCCUGUACUUCAACACCUUUCAAUUGAAGAUUGCCCCAAGUUGAUUGGAAAGUUGCCUGAAAAUCUUUGUUCUCUGACAAAAUUGACAAUUUCACAUUGUCCGAAACUCAAUCUGGAGACACCUGUAAAAUUUCCAAGUCUAAAAAAGUUUGAAGUUGAAGGUUCUCCUAAGGUUGGAGUUCUUUUUGAUCAUGCGGAACUGUUUUUGUCUCAACUUCAGGGAAUGAAACAGAUAGUUGAAUUAUACAUCAGUGAUUGUCACUCUCUUACCUCCUUGCCUAUUAGCAGUCUGCCAAAUACCUUGAAAGAAAUAAGGAUAAAGCGUUGUGAGAAAUUGAAAUUGGAGUCGUCAAUUGGUAAGAUGAUUUCAAGAGGAAGUAACAUGUUUCUUGAAAGUUUGGAACUGGAAGAAUGUGAUUCUAUAGAUGAUGUAUCACCUGAGCUGGUCCCAUGUGCACGCUAUCUGAGAGUAGAAAGUUGUCAAAGCCUUACUAGACUUUUUAUUCCCAAUGGGGCUGAAGAUCUCAAAAUCAAUAAAUGUGAGAAUCUUGAAAUGCUUUCGGUGGCUCAGACGACGCCCUUGUGUAACUUGUUUAUUAGCAACUGCGAGAAGCUGAAGUCGCUGCCAGAACAUAUGCAGGAGCUCUUUCCAUCUCUUAGAGAUCUGUACCUGAAAAAUUGUCCAGAAAUAGAGUCCUUUCCUGAAGGAGGAUUGCCCUUCAAUUUAGAAAUCCUCGGGAUCAGGGAUUGCUGUGAACUGGUGAAUGGCCGAAAGGAGUGGCAUUUACAGGGACUCCCCUCUCUCACAUAUUUAGACAUCUACCAUCACGGUUCUGAAAACUGGGAUAUUAUGUGGGAGUUGCCUUGCUCUAUUCGAAGUCUUACCAUAGACAAUUUGAAAACAUUUAGCAGCCAAGUUCUCAAAAGCCUCACCUCUCUUGAAUCUCUAUGUACUUCUAAUUUACCUCAAAUUCAGUCACUCUUGGAAGAAGGGCUUCCCACAUCUCUUUUAAAGCUAACAUUAUCUGACCAUGGUGAGCUCCAUUCCCUACCGACCGACGGUCUUCAGCGCCUCAUUUCUCUUCAACGUCUACGCAUCGAUAAUUGCCCUAAUCUCCAAUAUGUUCCAGAAUCAACGUUUCCCUCUUCCCUCUCUGAGCUACAUAUUAGUAGCUGUAGUUUUCUCCAAUCGCUUCGAGAAUCAGCGCUGUCCUCCUCCCUCUCUAAUCUUUUCAUCUACAGUUGCCCUAAUCUCCAAUCUCUAAUGCUGCCCUCCUCCCUCUUUGAGCUGCAUAUCAUUGAUUGCCGUAAUCUCCAAUCUCUUCCAGAAUCAGCGCUGCCCCCCUCCCUCUCUAAGUUAAUCAUCCUUACAUGCCCUAAUCUCCAAUCUCUUCCAGUAAAAGGGAUGCCCUCUUCCAUCUCUUUUCUGUCUAUUAUUGACUGCCCAUUGCUCAAACCAAGUCUAGAAUUUGAGAAGGGCGAAUACUGGCCAAAUAUUGCUCAUAUUCCCAACAUAGUGAUCGAUUGUGAAUGCCUGUGAUGAUUAAAACAAAUGGUGUUUUGACAGAUCGUGGAGCGUCUGUUGUCAUUGUGAAGCCGAGGAAGCAUCUUCAAAUUGGGGUGAAUGGUGAUCUGUUGCAACUACAGAAAGCUGCGAUAAAACAUUAUUUAUGUUCCAAGAUAUCAUAGCCGAUAACAAAUGCAAUGUUUGAUGAAUGAUAACCAUUUGUGCGAGGAGUCUCUCUAAUGAAUCAGUAAGUGUAAGUGAAGAAAAGUACUUCUCUUUUGUGUGGCAUUUAACAGUACUACUUCUCUUUUGAUAUUUUGUCCAUAAAACAAUGACCUUGUGCUGUUAACUAUCAGUGCUGAUACUAUGUCCUUGUUACGAUAGGUCUUGUGGUUUUAUUAUAGCUGAGGGUGACAAAGUAAGCUCUGUGUAUUGUAAAAUUAAUGCAACUUGAUUUGCGCCAAGUCAUUCUUUUUUACCUAUUCACCUAAGCCUGGAGUCGGUAUUAAACUUGUCAUCUGGUAUUUGAUGAGCACGAAUAUAUGUUUUACUCCUACCGAUAUGCUGAUUGGUAGUACAAUGCAAAGGUACAUCGGCAAGAGCUUAGUCUUUUUUACAUUUGUAGUAUGUUUCAAGACCAUCUUAUAUAGGCCUUUUUUUCACUUUUUGUUUUCGUUACUUCUCUUUGCUUGUUUGUUAAUUCUUCUUGUUUUCUUUUUGGAAAUAGCAUUGAGCAGUGUGGAGCACCUAUUUCCACUGUGAGGCGAUGCAUCUUCAGAUCGGAGUGAAUGUUAGAUGAUAGAAAGGUUGUUCAUUCCUAUACUCCUGUUCUUCGAUUUCAUUCCUUUGAAGAAGCAAAAGUUCGAGUACAGUUGGAAAGGCAAGGAAACAUAUCCUACUUGGAAUGAUUUCAAGUUGAUGCAUAUAUUAGCUGUUCAAAAUAUGAUGCAGAAUAACUUGUUGUUCAAUCCUCUGUUCGUUGUUCUCAAACUCCAGUCAAUUCAUGGAAUCACAAGGAAGAGCAUGAAUGUUUGGUUUUUAUGAGUUGUUGCGAAGGGAAAGUUGUUGAGGUAUUUAAGUUACUCUGAGAAAGGACUUUCUAUUAGGCCUUUGUGCUCUGGUUACGUUUGGCCAACAGAAAGCAAAAGACGACAUAAUUAUUGGAUUUUCCGUAUUGAGUAAUUUGAACUUCUGGAUGCACUGUAAAAUGUAAAAUGUACAAGAAACAGAGGAGAUUCUGAGGAAAGAACAUUAAAUGUCAAUGAAAAGAGAAAGUGAGGUUUCAAUAGUGUCUUAUUUUCUUUCCUCAAGUUGGCUAGUGAAAGCUGUGCAGACAUUCUUUGGAAGUUGGAACUAUACUCUGCUUGUCAAUAAUUCAGCUCCAGAUUCAGGACGGAUUAAACUGAAUUCAUUGCGUUCUCAAACUACAUAUAAUUGCCACUGAGCUUUGAUAUGGCGUUAGAGAUUAUAGCAUGUUACUUCUUGUACGUUCAAACUUUUUUUUACUUGGGCAAAUGCCAGGAAACUGGGAAGUGGGGCCUGUAAAGAGAAAUGGAUCCUAAACUUUUUUAAAAAAAAAUUCAAUUAUUUGUAACCAUUUGAGAUGUACUGUACAACUAGUCAACAAUAAAACUUUUGAGUGCUAUAGUCAACAUUUCCAGCAAAGCUGCAACAAGCUCUGGCGGGUGAGGAUCAGUAACUGAUGCUACUGCAAGUGCACAGACCUCCUCAACGUUCGGGGUAUCGCAACUAUGCUGUAGUAGCUGGACUAGUAACUGGUGUUGGUGCUCUCGGUUGGUAUCUUCUGUCAAAAGACAAGGCUGAAGAAGUACAGGACUGAAGUAUUCGUCCUUCAUAGUAACAACUCAAGUAAAACAAAACAAGAUCAUGUAUGAAAACAUUUUAGGUCUUCAUCUCAUGUCCUUUUGAUAUAUAUGGUUUCUACUUUCUACCGGCGGCAUGUACCAUGCCACGUCUA